AUGAAGGCUUUCUUGCAUAUAGAACCUGCAAUGAUCCAGGCUUCAACUGAUGAUGGAAAGUUUCUUCUUGCUGCAUGGAACUGUAGAUGUCCUACUUUCACAGACGAUAUCAUCUCUCUUAAUGCUGGUGAUGUUUGGAAGGGGAGCACCACUUAUAUAGGAAAGUUGAGUUCCACUUUAUUUGCUGAGAGACUUAUAACCUUUGCAUGUGUUGAAAGAAUCUUUUUCUUAGGAAGCUUCUGUGAUAUUUUUUGGAAAAAGAGAGGACUAAUGCCAGGUUUGACUUUCUCAAAUGAGCUUAUUUCUAGAGAUGAGGGCCUUCACUGCGAUUUUGCUUGCCUUUUGUACAAGCUACUGAAAAACAGUCUCACAUUAGAGAGAGUUCAUCACAUUGUCCAUGAGGCAGUGGAAAUUGAAACCCAGUUCGUUUGUGAAGCCCUGCUUUGUGCAUUGAUUGGCAUGAACGCAACACUCAUGAGCCAGUACAUAAAAUUUGUCGCUGACCACCUUUUGGUUGCCAUUGGAUAUGAGAGGAAAUACAACGUGGAAAAUCCAUUUGAUUGGAUGGAGUUUAUUUCUUUGCAGGGUAAUGCAAACUUCUUUCAGAGAAGAGUGGGUGAUUAUCAAAAGGCAUCUGUAAUGUCAAGCCUAGAUGGUGGAAAGAAUUAUGUCUUCAAGAUAGAUGAGGACUUUUAGUCAUCAGUUCAUCAAACCC